GGUCUUCGGCUAUGCCUGCAAGCUGUUCCGAGACGAUGAGAGGGCCCUGGCCCAGGAACAGGGACAACACCUCAUCCCCUGGAUGGGGGACCACAAGAUCCUCAUCGACAGGUCGGUUCCUCCCCCCACCCGCCGGUCCUCCCCUUCCCUCGCCCGCUUGAUUUCGUCUGAUGUUGACUUGAUGGCCGGGACUGAAAGGGGUUUUCUGGAGUCAUCGGGGAUCUGGGGGACACCCCUCCCCUGUCCUCACAUCCCCCUGGUUUUGGGGGGGAGGGGAUGGUGAAACCUGCCCUAAGGCACUGGCUGGAGCUGCGUGCCGCGUCUGUCGCCGGAGGGAUCGUCUCUGCUCCCGCAGCCCCUCACGACCCCUCACUCUUGUCGCUGGGUUGCAGUUGCCACUCCGGGCAGUGGAAGCUGCCCGGGCCCUGGGCCUCUCCUGACCGGCGCUCUGGGGCCCUCGGCGCUCCCACAGCUCCGUGUGGUGGGAGGGCAACCCGAAACGCCGCAAGCUGAUGUCGCGAUUAGAGACCUCUUGGACCCCAAGAGUUGGCUUUGAACCUCUCUUAUCCCCAAGGCUCUCUGUGGAGCGCCCGUAUUUUGCCGUCAUGACAUUUGAUUACCGCCCCCCCCCAAUUCCUCCCCCUUCCUGUGUUAAUCUGAUGAGUUUCACAGAUUGAGGCUGAAGUUGCCAAUCACUGAAGGCCAGUUGACUUUUUGCAGACACUGGCCUUGCUCUUAGAGGUACUGUUCUUAGGGCCGGUUUCACUGUCUCUUAAAACUGAAGGGUAGAGCUGAGACAGAGGUGUGUUCUUUUCAAAUCAAACAUGCUUUUAGGUAGUCACUCUGGAGGGUGUUUGGCCACUUUGGACAGAGGGGUCAUGGGACUGGAAUUUCUGAAGAUGUUUGAUUUGAAAAGGAUGACCUUAUAUGAUGUAGGUUUUUGCUCCCCUCCCCUCCCAUGUUUUCAGUCCCUCUUUCUCCUUGGAAUUUUUGUUUGUGGGUUUGGUUUUUGCCAAUUUGGCAACUCUGCUUCUGGGGCCCAGACUGAAAAGUAACCGUGACCAACCAUUAAACUGUGGAAUAGUCUCUCCGAGCGAAGGAAGCCCAUCGUUUGAGACAAUUAAAACUGGAUUCUACAAAGCCCUGGAACCUGACUAUAGGGAUGACCUCUGAGCUGGCCAGAAUGGACACAUUAGUGACCAAACGCCUUUUCCAUCCCCGACGUUUCCACUUGGAGUUAGAUCUAGACAAGAAGAACUCGUGGAGGGAGGGUCGCCAGCUCAGGUCUGGACCUGAGGGCCCCGGCACUCUGCUCAAGCAUGCUGUACCUUUAAACCAUGGUUUCUAUUGAAUGAUGCUGCCUGAGUUGUCAGGCGGCUUCCUUUUGAAAAGUGUUACUUGUGGUAUUGUUAAAAUUUGAUAAGCGAGGAACUCUGAGCUUUUUAUGCAGUUUUCCAUAUCAUUCUGUACAUGAUGUGAGUUAGGUCUUCCAAAACCAGUGGGGAGCAAACGCUACACAUGUAGAUGUGUAAUAUUUUAAGAUAAUGAUCUACAUUUGUAAGUUAAGGAGGUUUACAGCAUAGUACAAAUAAUUUUUAAAUUUAAUAAUAUGCAAUAACUUGGCUACCCUGAAAUAUUUGGCCUUUUUUCCUGUAAAUGUCUUUUUUCCCCCUAUAUUUUCUAGUCCUCAUUACAAAAGUCAGCAUUAAAAAAUUAAGCAGACUUUUGUCUCUCUAAUGUCUGUUUCUGCAACCCUAAAUCUGAGUGUUUUAAGUGAAAUUCCCUAAUUCACUCAUUAUCUGAGAGUUGCACUUUGACAGCAUCUUCAUUGAACUUUUUGUAUUUUAAGCAUAGCAGAAAAUGCUUCCUUAGUCUUCAUCUGGCCAACAUACCUAUGGGUCCGCGCAAGUGCACAUGGAUGUGUGUUCAUGUAUGUUAUAUCCUGGGGGCAUAAAGUUUAGAAGCACAUAUUUUAUACUGCAUCUUCUAAUAGUUUUGCUCUGUUUCUAGUGAACCUCCUUAAACUGCACGUAUAUGUCACUGUUCCUAUGUAUGUGUGUCUCUCUAUCACAUAACCCAGCACUUAUUUCCUCAGCCAAGUGGCUAGGGGGCGAGCCUAGCCAAGAUUUUACCUCCAAUGGACGCAAGUUUCUUUGGUGAAGAUCUCUCCUGAGAGUUCGGGACUAGCAGAAAGAAGCGAGGAAAUUUCGACCGUUUGGUUCUUACGGAUAGAUAUGAUGGGCGCGGUCACCUGCAUGACCUUUCUGAGUACGAUGCUGAGUAUUCCACAUGGAACAGAGAUUACCAGCUCUCCGAAGAGGAGGCACGAAUAGAGGCCCUGUGUGAUGAAGAGAGGUAUUUAGCCUUGCAUACGGACUUGCUUGAGGAGGAGGCAAGGCAAGAGGAAGAAUACAAGCGGUUGAGUGAAGCGCUGGCGGAGGACGGGAGCUAUAAUGCAGUGGGAUUCACGUACGGCAGUGAUUACUAUGACCCAUCCGAACCCACGGAGGAAGAGGAACCUUCCAAACAGAGAGAAAAAAAUGAGGCUGAAAAUUUGGAGGAAAACGAGGAGCCUUUCAUUGCCCCAUUAGGACUGAACGUGCCGCCUGAUGUGGAGCUGCCACCAACAGCCAAAAUGCAUGCCAUCAUUGAGCGCACGGCCAACUUCGUGUGCAAACAAGGUGCACAGUUCGAGAUAAUGCUGAAAGCCAAGCAGGCCCGAAACUCUCAGUUUGACUUUCUACGCUUCGAUCACUACCUCAACCCCUACUACAAGUUCAUCCAGAAAGCAAUGAAAGAAGGACGGUAUACGGUACUGGCAGAAAACAAAAGUGAAGAGAAGAAGAAGUCAGGCAUCAGCUCUGACAAUGAAGAUGAUGACGACGAGGAGGAUGGCAGUUACUUGCAUCCGUCCCUCUUCGCCUCGAAGAAGUGCAACCGCCUGGAGGAGCUCAUGAAGCCUUUGAAGGUGGUAGACCCUGAUCACCCCCUUGCAGCACUGGUCCGUAAAGCCCAGGCCGACAGUCCUGCCCCCACCCCACCCACGGCGGAUGGUGCAGCCGUGCAGCCCUCCCAGGUGGAGUACACCACUGACUCAACGGUGGCAGCCAUGUACUACAGCUACUACAUGCUGCCAGACGGCACCUACUGCCUGGCACCUCCCCCUCCAGGGGUUGACGUUGCCACUUACUACAGCACCCUGCCUGCCGGGGUGGCCGUGUCGAGCUCCACCGGAGUGACUGCCACCGCCCCACCCCCGCCAGGGACCACGCCCCCUCCCCCACCAGCCACGGCAGAGACAAGCAGUGGGGCGACCUCUACCACCAUCACCACAAGUGCGCUUGCUCCCGUGGCCACCAUCAUCCCCCCGCCCCCCGACAUCCAGCCUGUGAUUGACAAAUUGGCAGAGUACGUGGCCAGGAACGGCCUUAAGUUUGAGACCAGCGUUCGGGCCAAGAAUGAUCAGCGGUUUGAGUUCCUGCAGCCGUGGCACCAGUAUAAUGCCUAUUACGAGUUUAAGAAGCAGUUCUUCCUCCAGAAAGAAGGGGGCGAGAACGCACAGGCUGUGUCAGCGCCGGAAGAGACUCCUGCAGAGUCUGCUCCUGAAAAGCCGAGUGAUGUUGGGGAAGAUAGUGCGUCUGAAGACGCAGCUGACGCAGGGGGAAGAGGUGUCUCCUCGGGGAAGAAGGAGGCGUCAUCCAGCAGAGCUGUCCCAGACGGGAAGCUUGUGAAAGCUUCAUUUGCUCCAAUAAGCUUUGCAAUCAAGGCCAAAGAAAAUGAUCUACUUCCCCUGGAAAAAAAUCGUGUUAAGCUAGAUGAUGACAGUGAUGAUGAUGAAGAAAGCAAAGAAGGCCAAGAAAGUUCUAGUAGUGCUACAAACACUAACCCGGCAGUUGCCCCACCCUGUGUAGUUGUUGAGGAGAAGCGGCCUCAACUUACCCAGGAGGAGCUAGAAGCAAAGCAAGCAAAGCAAAAGUUGGAGGAUCGACUGGCAGCUGCUGCCAGGGAAAAGCUGGCCCAAGCGUCUAAGGAAUCAAAGGAGAAACAGCUCCAAGCAGAACGUAAAAGAAAAGCCGCUUUAUUUUUACAGACCUUAAAAAAUCCUCUGCCAGAAGCAGAAGUCGGGAAAGUUGAAGAGAGUCCUUUCAGCGUAGAGGAGGCUGGUACCGUGCCCUGUCCUCUACUGGCUGGAGGCAGACCUCUGCCAACUUUAGACGUGAAGCCUCCAGAAGGGCGCUCGAGCCGAAGCAAAGACCCGCCGAGAGAAGAAGAAAGAGAGAGGAAAAAGAAAAAGCACAAAAAACGGUCUCGAACAAGAUCGCGAUCUCCCAAGUAUCAUUCGUCAUCCAAGUCCAGGUCUAGGUCUCACUCAAAAGCAAAGCAUUGUCUUCCCAGUGCCUAUCGGACAGCGCGGCGCUCGAGGGUUCUAGCGCUGCCCAGCUCAGCACAUUUUAUUCUGAAUGUGAAGUGUGUACCUCCAUAUCACAGACCCACAGCCUCCCCAGGGACGCUGAGCACGGAGCCUUGUCAGAGCAGCUCGGCAGUGGCAGCAGCAGCAGAGCGGGACAGUUAUCAGGCAGCUUCGACCACGAGCAGAUUUGCCUCCUGGAGCUCUUUUGAGGGGAAACCUGGUAAAAUGUCAAGGUCCCGGUCCCGGUCCCCUCGGAGACGAGCGCACUCCCCCGAGAGACGACGGGAGGACAGGAGCGUCCCCACCGCCUACCGGAUGAGUAACAGCCCUGGAGUCAGCAGGAAGCGGACCCGGUCCAGAAGCCCCCACGAGAAGAAGAAGAAGAGACGCUCACGGUCACGGACCAAGUCCAAGGCCGGAUCUCAGCCAGCCUCCCCGAGCAAGCAGCCCACGCGCCGCCACUCGGCCAGCAUCUCUCCUGUGGAGAGCCGGGGCUCCAGCCAGGAGCGCUCCAGGGGAGUUUCUCAGGAAAAGGACGGUCAGAUCUCCUCAGCCAUCGUUUCUUCCGUGCAGAGCAAAAUCACUCAGGACCUCAUGGCCAAAGUAAGAGCGAUGCUAGCAGCUUCCAAAAACAUGCAGACCAGCGCCUCCUGAGACACGGGCCUUGGGCGACCGGGCUCCCGGGCUCCCGGGCUCCCGAAGCCGGCAGAGCAGAGCCCCGACCUGCACAGACCAUCCCCCCCGGGGCUCCUGGACAGUUGGCGGGUUUUGUAAAUUACUUUUUGAUGACAUUUUCAGUUUAAGAUUUUUGACCAGCAGUCUCUUACCUGUAUAUUUGUAAAUAAUAUCAUGUUUCUGUGAAAAUGUAUUAUCAAAUAAAAUGGGAGGAAAACACCUUUUUUAGCUAGUAA